GUCCUUUUCGGCAUGAAGGCUUCCCGAGUAAACAGUCUUCGUGCACUAAACUAUGCCCACUUUCUCGUGUUCUCACUCUACAUAACAUCAUGGUUGUUCGCAUCAACGGCAUCUCUCUUUCUCGCCGUAUUAGCCAUGACACCGACAUUUAAUAUAAUAUCUGAUCUCAGUUCAUCAACUGUAUGGUAUACCGACAGUCAAGGCGCCAGCCAAGUAAUUCAAACUAAUGGCCUAGCUGGUCAAGAUGAGAGCAUCGUUCUCGCAAGGCAAGAGAGAUCUCUGUACAGUACGAUGUGCCAUCUGAGCAUCCUUCUCUGCGUGUUCAUGUACACCAGUGCAAAAUUGAUGUUGUAUCUGUUUCUCGCUGAAAGAGUACACAUUGUAAGAGACAGCAGGAUUGCAAGGAAGGACAGCUUUUUAUAUCGAGUGAAUAUGCUGCUUCUCAUACCAUACGCUGGUAUAACAGCCGGAAUGUAUAUCCAACGUAUAACAAGAUUCGCUCCAGCGGCCGACCAAUGCGAGAUUGGCGUCGAGCUUCCGACAUUGCUAGUCCUUCUUUCCUACGACACUGCCGUCUCGAUCUACCUGACCGUUCUCUUUAUCCAACCACUCGUGCGAGUCAAUUACAAGAAUCAACAUCGAUUCCUCUAC